UUUCAUGUCCUUCAAUUUUCUCUAACUCCCAAAAUUCUUUCCUCUUUCGGUUUACAAUUUUUCAUGUGUAUCUUAUCUACCCUUUGACUUGCGUCCAUUUCCUUAUAAAAUACUCAAUUUGUUAUCAAAAAUCAAUUUUUUAUAUACCUGGUAAGGGCAUUGACUGACUUGCCCUGCCCAUAUCAUUUGAUAUUAGCUUUCAUUCUCUUUUGGCACUUGAGUUUGAGAGAGAGAAUCGGAUCUGUGACCACAUCACCGACCAGGCCUCCUCCUCCACCCUCUACGUAAACAUAAAAACAAACAAGCCAUUUCACAUUGUAUUUGUACCCUUUUUACUUUCACUCUUUUGCUUCCAAAUUCUCUGAAGGUUAAGGUGUUAUCGUAACAUUGGUAGCUUACAAAUAUUGGGUUGGUUAAAAAAUUGGGCUUUAAAGCGUGGCAAAGGAGAUGGAAUUGGGUUAAAAAUGCGACACUCAGUUGGUUAUGAUGGAAAACAUCAGUUAUUGUCCAAUCAGAGGUUGUCUUAAACAGAAGAUUCAACUUUUAAUGAUAUGUCUUCUAAUAAGGGUGUGUCGCAUUGGCUCAACAAUGAUAGUAUUCAGAAGCAUUCUUCUGAUGCUUUAGAUAGGCAUAAAUCUGAAGCACAAUUUGCUCCAAAGAAUUUAAAAGGAGAUGGAAGCUUUGUUCAUCUUCAAGACAGAGAAGCAAUGGAAAUGUAUUCACUAGUCAGUAAACAGGAAGAGGAGAUCCGAUUUCUUCGUGAACAAAUUGCUGUUGCCUCUGUGAAGGAACUGCGGUUGCUUAAUGAGAAGUAUGCAUUGGAAAGGAAAUUUGCGGACUUGCGUUUGGCAAUGGAUGAGAAACAAAAUGAAGCUGUAACUUCAGCCUUAAAUGAGCUGGCACGUAGAAAAGGUGAUCUUGAAGAUAAUUUAAAAUUGACCCAUGAACUGAAGGCUGCUGAAGAUGAAAGAUAUCUCCUCACGUCAUCCAUGCUUGGGUUAUUGGCUGAAUAUGGUAUUUGGCCUCGUGUUGUAAAUGCCUCUGCUAUAUCAAACAAUUUAAAGUACCUUCACGAUCAAUUGCAGUGGAAGAUCAGAACAUCUCUUGACAGAUUUAGUGAAAUAACAUCGAUGGUGGAAACUCGUGCUGAAGGUGGAUCUCAUAGCCAAGGUGGCACUGCUACUACCACAGUGAAUGACCAAGUUUCCAAUAGAUCCAUGAAUCAACAUGGUUCUUCCUAUAGUCAAUUUAUUGAAGGGCAGCACCUGGGACCAAAUGAGAGUUCACAAAGAUAUAUGACUGAUCCUCCAGACAUGAGGGAAGUGCCUGGCCGUUUCCCUUAUGAUUCAAUUAAUGAAGGUGUUGGUGUCAGUGAUGGAAAAAUGACUAACGGUGCUGUGUUUCCCUCUCCCCCAGCAAACGAUGAAAAUGUUUCUUCUGUUUCUAAAGGCCCUGGCAUAGAUAAUUUCCAGAUUAUUGGUGAGGCCAUACCAGGAGAAAAACUUCUUGGAUGUGGAUAUCCAGUACGAGGAACUUCUCUUUGCAUGUUUCAGUGGGUUCGCCAUCUUCAGGAUGGGACUAGACAUUACAUUGAAGGAGCUACAAAUCCAGAAUAUAUUGUCACAGCUGAUGAUGUUGAUAAAAUAAUUGCUGUUGAGUGCAUUCCUAUGGAUGACCAAGGCGGCCAGGGAGAUAUUGUCAGGCAGUUUGCUAAUGAUCAGAACAAAAUAAAAUGUGACCCACAGAUGCAAAUGGAGAUUGAUAACCAUAUGUUCAGAGGACAAGCCUCGUUUAGUGCUCUGUUGCUGGUGGAUUCUUCUGAGAACUGGGAGCGGACAACUUUGAUGUUGAGACGGUCCGGCUUCCAAGUUGUGAUAGAUAGUUCAGAAGCUGUUGUGAUUGAUGAGAAAUUCUCCAAGGAUCUAUCAAUCAAAGUUCCCUGUGGACUUUCAACACAGUUUGUUUUGAUGACCAGUAGUGGAUCUUCUCAUCCUUUCAGCACGUAUAGUGUUCGAAUGCGUGACACUCUUGUGUUAACCAUGAGGAUGUUCCAAGCCAAGGCACAUGAUGAUAAAAAGAAAGGAAGAGCAUAGCCCCCCCCAACAAAGCAUUUUUAAAGCCAAUAUUCAUUCUUAGUAGAAAGAACAAAAACCAUAAAUUAAAGAAUAAUUUAUCUCUUCAGUUUUGAUUUUAGUAAAAGUGUUGCUGUGUCUAUAGUUUUCUACUUUAUUGUAUAAUUUUGACCAUAAUUGGCAACAAAAUAGGCUUGUUGUAUACCAGAUUAGCAUGCAAUGAUAAAUUCCACUAUAUUUUUAUGUAUUA